AUGCCUCUCCGCGCUGGGGUGGAAAGCUUCGUGGUUGCUGGAUCAGUCGUGAUACAAAGAGUCAAAUCGGCGUCCGUGAGCGUCGAUUCAGAGUUGAUCUCCUCUAUUGGCAAGGGCCUGCUAGUAUUUGCUGGUAUUGGCCAAGAAGAUACCGAGAAGGAUGCAGAGAACCUGGUGAAUAAGGUGUUAAAGGCCAAAUUCUGGCCAGACGAAAAUGGAUCACAAUGGAAGAAGAAUGUUCAAGACAUUGAGGGAGAAGUACUAUGCGUUUCGCAAUUCACCCUCUAUGCCAAGAUGAAGAAAGGCAACAAGCCUGAUUUUCACGAUGCAGCCAAACCAGAAACAGCGCGGAGGGUCUAUGAUUACUUCUAUGACAAGAUGCGCGAAUCCUACGUCCCAGGCCGGGUAAAAAAUGGUGUCUUCCAGGCAAUGAUGGAGGUCGAACUGAAGAACGACGGGCCGGUGGGUGUAGAUUACCGCAGUGAAGAUGCGGCGGUCACCAUCGAGAUCAACACCAAUCUCCCUAAGAAGGAACCUAAGGAACCGAAAGACAAUAACAAGCCGGAAGAGGAGGAGAUAAAGAAGACAUUUGAAUUUCAACUGCCAGCUGAACUGCUGCAGUGA